AUGUUUGGGCAUAUACUACGAACGGAGGUCAAAUGGGUUACCUGCCUCGGCAUCGCAGUUUGUGUAUGGAUUGGAGCAUUUUUCACCGCACAUUUUUUGUAUGAGGUAGGCUUUACUAAAAAAUUUUGAUGAAUUUUCUCCUAGUCCUAGAAUUGGCAGUACGAUACGAUUCAUAUUACGAUGGAGUCUGUAUACUAAACUCCACCGUAAUAUAAAUCGUAUCGUACUUUAGGCUCUAUCGUAACCUAGUCUUUAAUUGACCUAUGCAAUAUCGCUCCAUAAGCCUUUCUGUAUUCUAAGCCCGACCGAUAGGCCGUACCACAAUAUUUUUCCUAUCAGAUUCUAGAUCCUACCGUACCAUAAACCUACUGUAUCAAAGACCCUAUCCUACCAUAGGCCCUACCGUACUAUAUACCCUACCAUGCCAUAGACCCUACAGUACUAUCGACCCUACCAUGCCAUAGACCCUACCGUACCAUAUGCCCUACCGUACCAUAGGCCCUGCCGUACCAUAGGCCCUACCGGAUUGCUUCUUUAAAUUACUGUUACUUUCAGCAGAAAUACGUUGACCCAAAAGAAAGUAAUCAUGAAGAUCUUAAAGAUGACGGCUAUAACAAGAUACACGCACUUUACGUAGUCCGAGGCUUAAUUGGCGGGCUAUGUGUUGGAAUUUUUAUUUCUGCUAUCUUAUGGUUCAUAAGGAUGCGCCUCAUCCUAACCGACUUUUGCGAAAUCAUCCUCACUUCUGUAAGUACCCUAGUCUACUAUAAUAAAAGCUUUUCUUUCUAAACCUACAGUAACAUCAAGUUUUCUUUCUAAGCCUACUUUAACGUAGCUUUUUCUCACUGAAUCUAUUAUAAUACAAGUUUUUAUUCUCUCUAAACCAACUGUAACAUCAUUUUUCUCUUUAGCCCAAAUUAAAAACUAUCUCAUUCCAGCGUAAAUUACUGUAUACUCGGCAAAAAUUCAAGAAUCAGAAGGCAUGGUACGAUCGAAAUUCCGACAAACUAAUCAACUUGACAAAACUGAAGCGCAAGUACGGCAUCCAGCACGACCUGUACGGAGACUCGGCAUGUCCUACAACACAACGAGAAAAAUCAUUAUCAUUAGUAUCGGCCGAGGAUUUCAAUGCAAAAGAAGACACACUUAAAGCCGAUGACAAAGCAGCUCCAUCCGAACCCAAAGCCAACACCCCCGGCGGCAAAAGUGACAUUGUUUUUCCACCCACCAAGAAGAACGUCGAAACUGAAACGAAAACUGAAGACGUCUACAACUCGGCUAUGAAAGAUGUAAGUAGCUACAUACUAUAAUUCUUAUUCUAACUACCUAUAAUGAUAUCUGGAACAAGCAAAAAUAGAGUUUUCGCAAAAUCCCCUCAGGCAAAAAAUUAAAUUUAAAAAUAUCAAAGAGCAUUUUAUGACCUAAUAUUUCGCACACACACUAAAAAUAGUAUUAGUAAACUGCACGCCAAUUUUUACCCAAAGCCGAGCACCUUAUCCCAAGUUGGACCCGUUUUAGGUAACAAGAUACCAAUAAUAACAUGUCGAUUUUAAAGGUUCUGGAAAAAACACGAUAAAUUAAAGUAAAAACAUGCAAAAUAGGUAUUAUAAAUAAUUUUAUCAUUUUCAGACAAAACCACCUCAGCCAAAACCAACCCAAUCGUAUACAGAAAAAUCUUGCAACGAGUCAAAAUCGAACCUAACAAACAAUACCAACGACGCUAGUCAAGCAACGAUAACAAAAUGA